GAAUUUGCUUCUUCUGUUCUUGAUGCAAACUUGAAGGACCAAAAAGAGAUCAGUUCCAAUUCCAAAGAAUCUGAUGUUGAUGAUUGUGAUGCACAACCAAAGAAGCCCCGUAUAGCAUGGAAAGGAGAACUGCAUUGCCAAUUUGUCAAGGCAGUGAUGCAUAUUGGGCUUGACAAGGCACAGCCAAAGAAGAUUCUUGAAGUGAUGAACAUUCCUGGUUUGACAAAAGACCAUGUUGCCAGUCAUUUGCAGAAAUAUAGAUUUGAUUUGAAGAAAUCUAAUGAAGUGGCUGUGCAACAGAAUGAGAUGCAAUUGCCAAACAGUAUACAAUCAACAGAACCUAUUGAUUGGUUUAAUCCUGAGGGUUGGACCAGUCAACCUGAUGAAUCUAUCUUGGAAAGUGUUUCUGUUCAAUCUCAGAAUCAGCAACAAGGAGGAGGAUCUUUGCAUGUCUUGCCACCACCACUAGAUGGAUUUCGAAUUCAAACAGAUUGGUGUAAUAUGAAUUUCUGAAUGGCUAACAUUCAGUAAACUUUGAUUUUGAUGGUCUUAAUGCUUAGUUUAUGAGUAACUUUUAGGCAUUUAUGUGCUUGAAAGUACUUUCGGCUGGAAAUGUAGAUUCUAUGUUCCUAGAAAGUAUAGGUUUUGGUAUCAUGUGUAGUUUAAGAGUAUUGUCAGUUUUGUAUACAAUAUUUCUUUUUAAUUCAUUGUUCAAAGUUUGAAUUUA